CAGCCAGCUAGCCAUAUAUACGGCGGCAUUCUUCUUCUCUUCUUCUUCCCCAAUAACAUAUCGAGCUGCAAGCUGCUCUGCUUCUUUUCUAGCAUGGGCAUGAGGGUCUUGUUGGUGGUCGUGCUCAUCUCGUUCGCCCCCCUUAUUACCACUAAUGCAGCAGCAGGUGUCAACGCCACGAGAUCUGCUGGUAGGCAGCAGAAGCAGAAGCAGAAGCCGCUGGCGCCUGCCCUCAUCGUGUUCGGCGACUCCAUCGUGGACCCCGGCAACAACAACGACAUCCACACCAUCAUCAAGGCCGACUUCCCGCCCUACGGCACCGACUUCCAGAACCACAGAGCCACGGGAAGGUUCUGCAACGGCAGGAUACCAACCGACUUCAUCGCCUCCCGCCUCGGCAUCAAGGAGCUUCUGCCGCCCUACCUCACCUCCGAGCCGCUCGACAAGCACGACCUCGUCACCGGCGUCAGCUUCGCGUCCGGCGGCACGGGCUUCGACCCGCUCACGCCGCAGCUCGCCUCCGUGAUCUCGCUCCCGGACCAGCUCACCAUGUUCCACGACUACCUGGGCAAGGUGCGCGACGCCGCCGGGGACGCCAGGGUGUCGGAUAUCCUGUCCCGGGGCGUCUUCGCCAUCUGCGCCGGCAGCGACGACGUGGCCAACACCUACUUCACCCUGCGAGCGCGCAGCAGCUACGACCACGCCUCCUACGCGCGCCUCCUGGUGCAGCACGCCACCGCCUUCGUCGAGGACCUCAUCCGCGCCGGCGCGCGCCGCGUCGCCUUCAUCGGCAUCCCGCCCAUCGGCUGCGUCCCGUCGCAGCGCACCAUGUCCGGCGGUCUCGACCGGGGCUGCUCGCAGGGCCACAACGAGAUCGCCGUCGCAUACAACGCCGGGAUGGUGCAGCAGCUGGCGGCGCUGCGGGCCAAGUACCCCGACACGCUGCUCGUCUUCAUGGACAUCUACGGCUUCCUCUACGACAUGAUGAUGCACCCGCGCAGCUACGGCUUCACGCAGUCCACCAGAGGAUGCUGCGGCACGGGCCUCCUCGAGGUCUCCGUCCUCUGCAACGGCGUCACCUCCGCCGUCUGCCAAGACGUCGGCGACUACCUCUUCUGGGACAGCUACCACCCAACGGAGAAGGCGUACAAGAUCCUCGCCGACUUCGUCUUCGACAACUACGUCAAGCUCAUCCUCGUCUAGCUUACCAUUAUUUUCAUUUCAUGAGAUGGAUUUGAUCUGCUGGAUUAUGCAUUAAUUGUUUGCUGCUGUAUUUACAUUUGCUUGUCUGAUUAAUUGUUUGCUAGCUAAUCUUCCGGCCUCUACAUCUCUCUAUCUAUCUAUAUUUACGUGCAUUUAUUACGACUCUAUUAAUUGAAUUAUUGUACGUCCGUGUCAUAAAUUAAUUAAUUAAUACUAUAAUAAUAGUUGUAUCU